AUGGCCGACGCACUUCCUCCCGUCAGGCAGGGUCGGCUGGUACAUCUAGCUGAACUGUUAAAAUUUGGGCGAAUUGAGGUCAAAGGUGCUUCUCAGUGGCUGCAAAAGCAUUUUCUGCUGCUAUUAGCUCUUGGAGCAUCCACAGUAUAUCGAACAUGGCCCACUACGCCACUGACUGGCUUGUUGCGCUCAAUUUUGGAAAACGUAAAAGGUUGGGAACCGGGGUAUGAUUUUUGGGAGAUGCGUAACGAUCAAUGGUGGCUUUAUAUGUCUUGUCUAGGAAAUGACGCUGGCUGGUCGAAGAGAUUGUGGGAUAAUGUGCCAAUGAAUGUAAUUUCUGUGGGCUUGUAUCGACUAAUCGUUAGAAAACAAUUGCCUGAGUGGAUGUGGUAUCCAAUGGUUCUUGCGUCAAGCGCAUUCAUAAACAACCUGCUUCACGGAGCCCUCAUUGUAUAUUUUGGCCACAUUGCACCCGGCCUUGUUGAGUUGGCUAUUUGGCGUGUGGUUGAAUUUGGCGUCCCGGCUUUCCUAAUAUUUUAUAGACAAGAAUGGAUACCUUUACGUGUUGCAUCAAUGAUCUUCGAACGUCAGAGAAGGUUGGCUGCUGCUGGACGUGAUUGGGACAACGUUCAGAAUCAGCAAGAUCAAGAAGAGUUGGAUCUUAUUCGGUGGUGGAGAGGAGGUUUAUUCCGUCGUGCUCGUCUCGAAAUUGCUAAAAUGAUUGUUCGAUGUUCGAUUAUAUCAAAUCUGCUUUUGGAUGCGUGUCGGUCUCUUUGGAUCUUUCGAGAAACUCGACGGGGUUUGAGGAACCGAGUCGCAAAUCUUACACAGCAAAUAACCGUCAUUGAACAGCGAUUAAAUAACGCUAUAGAGGGCCGAAAUGGUUGGAGGAGAAGGUUUCUGCAAAUGCUGAGGUUGCGAAAUGGAUGCAUAGAACAUCAUCACCAUUUUGAAGUUCAAGGUGAGAAACAGGCAGCAUAUGAUGAACUGUUGGCAAAAUUCAACGCACAACGUCAAGCUUCAAGUGCCUUGAUAUUAGCGGGAGGUCCAGCUAGAGCGACAGAAAAGUUGCUUGGCGUGGCUGUUCACACAAGAGAUUUGCACCGUAAACAGAUACAAACUCUUGUUUCUUCGUUCGUAGAAGCUGGUGCUGAGAUGGUCAUACUCAAAAAUAAGGUCAAAACGUUAGAAGAGGAUCUCAAAACCGUCAACGAUGGUAGGGCAACAAUGUUGUGGCGAGAGACGGCGCAAGAAAAUCUUGAAUUGAGGAGGCAGGCACAGGAAGAGAUUUUGGAACGAGAUGUGACAAUCAAGCGUUUGAGAGACGAUCGAGAUGAAAGUGCUGUAACAUCACUUAGUUUGGAUUCUAGAGGACAACAAAUCUUACGAAAACUGCAAGAGAGGUUGAUAAGUGCGGAGAACAACCUCGCCCAUUCCGAAAUGAUAGUGGAGAAAAUGAAGUUUGAUGAAGUCAGGCAUGAAGAAGAGAUGAAACAGAUCAAGAGGGAUGCAUUAUAUGGGGAGUCUGCGCGGCUGGGGGAGUUGUACACAGAUGCAAUCAUCGAAGCUAAUGAGUUGACGGAAGAGCUCAAGAAGUUUGAAUUUUCUACAGAUCCGGAACAUGAUAUUGAGGCGGUUCAACGUCAAUGUGACGAAGAAAAGGAAAACUUGAACCGCGAGAUUGCGAGCAAGGACGUGCAAAUAGCUACGUUCAAGGCACAAAUUGACCACGCGAUGGGCUCUAUGAAUUGGGCUGAUAAUAGAUUCGAGCCUCUGGACAAGUAUUUUGGUUUUAUCCCUGGCGCAAAAAAGGAAAUCAGACGCAUGUCGAUAGCACUUGAGAAGGUUCAUUUCCAGAAUAUAGUACCUCAAGAACCUCAAAUGGUAGAUCAAAUGCGUUACUUGGAGAAUUUGACUACUGAAAAGAAUCUGUUAAUAGAUGAGAGACAAAGUUUGCGAGUGAUUCUAGCCGAGCUCUUGCAGAAUAAAACUCAGAGUGAAACGGAACUGGCCAGAUUAAGAGAUCGGGUGGCUCGGAGGAACACACAAGUGACUAAUCUAGAGACACGAAAUAUGGAACUGCAGGUUCAACUCAGAGAAGCACAAGUGGCAGAACCAACACUAGUGGAAGCUCUGAAUGUUGCGGAAAUAGCGACUCCCAUUAUAGGAAUUUAUGCAAGGAACCUUCUAGCCUUAAAUAGAGAAAUGCAAGAAAGGGGUAGAGAGAUGCCAGACAUGCCAGAUAUUCCGGAAGACAAUGGUAUUUCACGUGUAGAAGGAGAGCCUAUAGAAAUUUCUGUAUUGAGACUUUGCAACCAGGUAAAAGUCAGGUUUGACGAUUUAUCAAGGUUGGUAAGAGAGAGUGACCCUCCAUGGCCAGGAGCGACAAAUGACUGGGUGGACGAUGAUACGGACAGUCCGGAGAAUUUGAGUGCGCGUAAGCUCAAUCGGAUAUUAAAAUUGAAAGACCUUUGGGAUUUUAUCGGAACGUUACAUUAUGACACUGUUCUUUUCGUCCGCGAGAUCUGCCAAAAAUUCGGCGUAGAACCUGGCGUUGAACUACCCGAGAGACCCCAGUCUCCAUCGCCUCUACCUUCCCCAACUCCAUCUCCGCCACCUCCUCGUUUUAGGGAUAGAGAUCUAUUUCCAGCAGUAUUCACAAAUUAUGAGGUAUUUGAUAUCGAGAGAUGGAAUGUGUUUCCACACGAUCAAGAUAAUAUAACUCCUGCUCUCAGUGUCAUAUCGGCGUUGCAACGAUCCAUCCAGGAGCAAUUACCGUAUCAUGUUGAGGGCGAUCUUGAGCCCAUUAUAUUUCAGAAUCACUUAGCAGGUACACUAGGGAGAGAUAGCAACUUCCUGAUCGACCCAAUUCAUGAACGUGAGGUCGCUGAAGUUCUAUAUAAAAUCAGGCAUUCGUUUGUUCUGAAGACUGUUACACAAUUUCCCCGACGGAAUCGUGGCUUCAAGUAUCUGUCCCGGGAAAUUCUGUAUCCGGAUACCUUGGAAGUGAUUCUACCCAAAACGGUCGUUGUAUUGUAUUUAUCAGGUGAUAUUUGGCAGGGUAUGAGCUUGAAGUCAGUUGAUUCUGAGCAUGAGUCUGACAGCGGAUCUGGUGGUCAAGCCCCUCCACCGGAGCCACGUUUACCUGUGCUGGUGGAAUUUGAUUUGACAGACUGGAAAGUAGAUUUUGUUGUCGACAAGUGGACAAUCCCUGGACAGGCUGUUUUACGGGAAGGUCUAUCGUCAAUAAGUGCAGUGGCGAAUUCCUUGCACUGGCAGUAUCCAGGCGUGUUAUGGGAUAACAUAAGGGCAAACGAGGCCUAUGAGGAUCUCUUUCAUAGAUUCCAGAGAGUUCAUCCACACCACGACGGAGAUUAUUUUCUAGAGCAUAUUCAAGUGGUAUUGAGAGGUAUACUAAGAAAAAGAGAUAACAGACCGCAUUACAGACUCGCAGUCAUUACUGCACACGAGAUAGCUGCUGGAGAUUUUAGAUUUUUUGAGAGUAUUCAUGGAGGCGACUCAGGGAGUCCUUUGCUUUACGUAGGUUACCAUCCGCGAACUGGAUGGAGGGGUAUGCGGAGAAGGCGGGAUGGUGAAUCUAAAAACUUUAUUGGAGAUCUAGAAUGGGGCGUCUCAGUUCAGCAGCCACGAGCCGAAGAGAUACGAGCCGUAGAGCUACAAGCUGAGAGAUUACCCGCUGAGCGUUUACCAGCUGAGAGGCUACCCGCUGAGAGGUUACCCGCUGAAAGGCUACCAGUUGAUCCAAUUGUGAUUAAUGAGCCAGUCGAGGCACCACCAAUACUACCAGCUGUCAUUUUACCCAGGAUUGAGAAUUAUGGCAUCAAUUCUAUCCGAGCCCCAUUCAACAGAGAUGGAUGGACUUUUGACCUCGAUCUAGAACAUUUCAACGAAGGUCUGACACGUGGUGGUAAUCGAACACUCUGGAUACAUGAUUGCGCUCCACGAGCGGUGUAUCAUUCACUCCACCAUCAACAUCCUAACUAUUUGAGAGGUAACCUCACUCUAGAAUUAGUAUUGCAAGCAUUUAAUGAUGUUUUUCCCGGGCACGAAAAUUCUUGGAAAGAUGAAGAAGUCGCUAGAGUCCUCAGAGGAUAUCCGACGCUAGGGGGUUAUGAACUUGCGAUUGUCAAUUGCGUGGUUCAUGAUGACAAUACUAUCAUUGCUAGAGAUUGGUCUCAACCAGAAGGAUAUAAUUCUGAAAAUCGAAACUUAUUCUUUGUUGCGUCAGUCAUUGAUGGGCGACUAGGAUACUGUCAGGAAGACAAUAGACACCAUUGGGUGGGUAUGAAAUAUCGAGAUGGCGAAGCAGUACCAAAUCCUCGGUUAUUCAGACACCAACCAGUCAUCCCUCCUUCCAAGCCUCCAAAAUCAAAAUUCGUGUCUUUAUUAAAUGCAGCGACAAGCAGUCAAGCGUCGAAGAAAAGCCCUGUGUCAAAGAGUAACGCAUCUGCUUGGUCUAAUUUCGAUACUUCGAAAAGCUUCGUAUCCCAGUCUGGUAAAAAAUGGGUUCCACCGUCUACUGUACCCACGAAUCUUCCUAUAACUAUGAUACCCUCUGUUCAAACCGGGCAAAGGAUUGGAACCCCGGUGCAACAACAAAAUCAGCCACCACCACAGAGCUUACAACCCGCUUCAUCUUCCUUCAGAUUGCAAUAUUGGUCACCAUUUGGUACGGCUGCGCAGCAACAGCAGCAACCACCAGAUUUAAACCGUCAUACAUUACCUGUUCCUUUUGGCGAAUUUUUUGUUCAUCCCACACCGCUACAACAACAGCCGCCACAGCAAGGUCAAAAUAUACAGGGACAAGGAGGUUUCGGUAUGAAUAUCGCUAGUAGAAACGAACAAAUGGAACUCGCGCAUGAACUUCGAGCGGAACAGAGUCAUGGAGGUAAAUUUUUGAAGAAGGAUAAGGAAACGGGGAUAGGUGGGGGGAAUCCGAGAGGUAGAGGAAGAGGAAAGGGAAGAGGAAAGGGAAGAGGUAGAGGAAGAGGUCGAGGAAGCGAUAGCGGUAGUGGUGGCGGUAGAAGGGACGAUCGAGGGAGCGGACAGAAAAAAGAUGAUAGGGAUGCUGCUGGUGGUAGUGGUGGAGGAGACGGUGGAAGCGCGGGCGCGGCAGGUAAUGAUUGGGAGGAUGAAAUCUGA